UCUUUUGUGCUUCUUCCAUCAGGUGUCUGCAAUGCUCUUUGCCUGGAAAUUAAAGCCAGUCCUAAAGUGCAAGCUUUUGUUGGUGAACAAGUAUUGCUGAAAUGCUCAUUCAAAUCCAGUUCUCCCAUCACUGACAGCCUGACAGUAGACUGGACAUACCGGCCCCUCACAGGUGGUCAGAUGGAGACAAUUUUUCAUUAUCAGUCUGUUCCAUACCCAACGAUGGGAAAGUUCAAAGACAGGAUAUCCUGGGUUGGGAAUGUUGCCAAGGGCGAUGCUUCCAUUGCUAUCCAAAGCCCAGUGAUGAGUGACAAUGGGACGUUCAUCUGCAGUGUGAAGAACCCUCCAGACGUGUACCAUAACAUUCCCCAGACAGUGCUGAUAGUUACGGAGAGGGGCCUUGCCUUCCAACUAACUUCAGCGGUGCUGCUGUCCAUUUUAGUAUUUCUGCCUUCCAUCAUUGUGGUUAUUCUGCUGUUGGUAAGGAUGGGAAGAAAAUUCGGAGCGGUAAAGGAGAAAAAAAAAACUGGCUGUAAGAAAUCCUCCAUCGAAGUGCCUGAACAUACAGGGACAGACAACUGCUUGGGGAAACUCAGAGACUGGUUCCUGAACUGUGUGGACACGGAUGAGGAAGACCCAUACUGA